UAUCGCGCAUGCCCACUAACUGCGGCAGUUUCCACUGAAGAAAUCGGGACGAGAAACAGGGACGGCGAUGGGACAGCAACUAUUAUUAUUAUCAUCGUUAAAUUUAGCCGCUAUAACUAACAGUGUGACCGCUGCGACCGAAAAGAUGACAUUACAACUCGUGUGAGUGCUUCGUCCUACUUGUUCGGGUGUUCAGGCGUAGAGAAAACGGGAAAGUGUCGGGUUUUGUAUUAGAUAGGAAGCAGAGCAGGGCGGUGGGAAGCGACAGUCAUGGAAGGUUUUGGAUCGGCGCUGGAGAAAAACGUGGCGGAUUUAACCGUGAUGGACGUGUACGACAUAGCGGCUGUGGUGGGCCAGGAGUUUGAGCGGAUUAUAGAUCAGUACGGCUGUGAAGCGUUGGCGCGACUCAUGCCCAAAGUUGUGCGGGUUUUGGAGAUCCUGGAGGUGCUGGUGAGCCGCAACAGCAUCAGUCCGGAGACCGAGGAGCUGCGGCUGGAGCUGGAUAAACUCCGCCUGGAGAGACUGGACCGCCUGGAAAAGGAAAAGAAACACAAAAAGGAGCUGGAGCUGGUCGAGGAUGUGUGGCGAGGGGAAGCCCAAGACUUGUUGUCGCAGAUUGCCCAGCUGCAACAGGAAAAUAAGACCCUCCUCAACAACCUGUCACUCAAGGACUGCCCAAUGACCGAGGAGGAUGUUCAGAGACAGGAAGGUAUGUCAGAAAGGGAGAGGCAAGUGAUGAAAAAGCUAAAGGAGGUGGUGGAUAAACAGAGGGAUGAGAUUCGCGCCAAGGAUCGAGAACUGACGCUGAAGAAUGAAGACAUUGAAGCACUGCAGCAGCAGCAGAACCGGCUGAUGAAGAUUAACCACGACCUGAGGCAUAAGAUCACAGUGGUGGAGGCGCAGGGCAAGGCUCUGAUCGAGCAGAAGGUGGAGCUUGAGGCGUUCGCCCAGGCCAGGCAGCAGGAGCUGACUAGCCUGAGACAAGAGGUGGCACGACUCAGAGAGCGUCUUCAGGGAGAGAAGAAAAGCCCUGAAACCGAGGAGCGGCCUGCUCCGCCAUCACCUGCUCAGAAUUUACUCUCCAAGCCCGUGCUAUCACGCGAUCCUCCGCUGUCCCUGGCUCCACAUAACCACCAAGUGCUAACAGAUGAGGAUGAAGCGGGUGUGGAAGAUGAGGAUGAUGUGGAGGAUGAGGAGGAAGAGGCUGUGUUAUUAUGGGAGGCGUUGUGUGAGGAGGAAGUGGCUUUCGAUCCGAAAGAUCCAAACCGACCACGCUUCACUCUGCAAGAGCUGCGAGAUGUCCUGCAUGAGAGAAAUGAGUUGAAGGCCAAAGUGUUCAUGCUGCAAGAGGAAAUUGCAUAUUACAAAAGUGAAGAGCAGGAAGAUGAUGCACACCCGCCCACUCCGGACCCUUCGCCCACGCUCCAGCCCCGCUCCCGAACCGGCGCCCAGCCAGAGUCCGGCAUAAAGCGCUUGUUUAGCUUCUUCUCCCGGGACAAGAGGCGCAGCUCGCAGAGGGGCAUGGCGCAGUUUGACGACAGCUAUAGCCCGUGGUCCCGCAAAGACGACGUCUAUACAGAGCAAGCCCAGGAAGCUUUACAGCACAUGUAACCCACUGAACACCGACAAAGCACAAAGACCCUCUAAUCCCUAACUCUCUGCAAUGUCACAAGCAAUACAUACAGUUGCGGUCGGAAGUUUACAUACACUCAUCGUGAACGUGAAUGUCAUGGCGAUAUUGGGCUUUCAAUAAUUUCUUGGAACUUUGCUUUUUCUGGGGCAGAAUGAUUGUAUAAACAAACAUACAUCUUUGUUUUCUGUAAUCAACCCAGGACCAAAAUUAUACAUACAGGGUCAAAAAUAUACAUAUAAACACUUUCAAUGGUUUCAAUGGUGCUGAAAGUUCCAAAAUGUCCUUUAAUUUGCCAAGACCAAGGCCUCUUAAUUUCCUGUUAGUGAUCAUGAUUGACUACAGAUGGCAGCUUCUCUGUGCCAACAUAAAAAGGGCUUGUUUGACAACAUUCAUUGGAUUGAUCAACACACAGUACUAUGGGAAAAUCCAAGGAGCACAGUGCAGAUCUGAAAAAGAGGAUGGUGGAUUAUCUCUUGGAACCAUUUCUAAACAAUUGCAGAUUCCAAGAUCAUCAAUUCAAGUUAUUGGGAAGUGUAGCCACUUUGCCAAGGUCAGGAAGAAGAAGACCCAAACGGUCACCCUCAGCUGAGAGGAAAUUGGUUUGGAUGGUCAGGAAAAACCCAGGAACCACCUAGGCACAGAUCUGCCAUGAACUGGAAGCUUCUGGAACUGUCUACUGUUACUGUCUACAGUCAAGCAAGUUUUACAUCGCCAUGGACUGAAAGGCUGCCGUCCAAGAAACAAGCCCCUGCUCCAAAAUCGACACCUUCAAGCACGUGUAAUGUUUGCGGCUGACCACAUGAACAAAGAAAAAGCCUUCUGGAGGAAAGCUUUAUGGUCAGAUGAGACAAGCAUUGAGUUGUUUGGCCACAAUGACCAGAGGUAUGUUUAGAGGCAUAAAGAACACUGUACCAACUGUUAAGCAUGGUGGUGGUAGCAGCAUUAUGCUCUGGGGCUGUUUUGCUGCCAGUGGAACUGCUGCAUUGCACAAAAUGGAUGGAAUAAUGAAGGAGGACUACCACAGAAUUAUUCAGCAUAAUCUCAAACCAUCAGCCAGAUGGUUGAAACUUGGACACAAUUGGGUGUUCCAACCGGAAAAUGACCCCAAACACACAUCAAAGCUGGUUGUGGAAUGCAUAAAGCAGGCUAACAUUAAGCUUUUCGAUUGGCCUUCCCAAACUCCUGAUCUCAACCCUAUCGAAAAUUUGUGAACUGUGCUUAAAAGUCGGGUCAGGGCCAGGAAACCAACAAAGGUCAUUGAACUUUACCAAUUCUACCAAGAAGAGUGGUCAACUACCCAACCAGAAUUCUGCCAGAAGUUGGUGGAUGGCUACCAAAAGUGUCUGCUCGAGGUGAAACUUGCUAAGGGACAUUCAACUAAAUAUUAGGCAUGCUGUAUAUAUCGUUUUAACCUUGUGUUGACUACAGAAAACCCCAAACAAAUUUAAACCUGUGAACCAAAUUCUUGUUUUUUUUAUUAAAGAUUUAUGUUGUACAAUCAUUCUGCCCCAGAAAAAGAACAGUUCAAAGUUUCAAGAUUAUUGAAAGCCCAAAAUUGCCAUGACAUUCAUGUUUAUGAUGAGUGUAUGUAAACUUCCGAACGCAACUGUACACUCCACUGUUACAGUCACAUUUCCCAGCAAGCGGUCAUUAGUGGAUAAAGGCAGAAGGGAAAUGGAACAGUUUAAACAUAGAUCUGGCUAUACAUCACAAAACUUCCGAUGCUGACGUCUCUAAAAGUUGUGAGCUUAAUUUUAUUUUGUUUUACGUGUGUGUUAGGUUACCAGAUUCCCAAGAUACUAUACGCAAAGUGUGUUUGGAAUUUAUGAUCAUGUUUGCAGUCAUGAGAAGAGCAAUGGAAGGCCAUGUUGAUGUGCCUUGAGCAGUGUUUCGAUUAGGGCACUUUUUCAUGUUCGUAGAUUCAAAUUGAAUAUUGAAAUGAGGCAGUGCCUAAUGAAAGCUAAUCCGGUUUUAAGGCAGUAAAGAAUGCCCAUAAUGGGAUGGUGCGUUGCCAAUAAAAGGUGGCAUUUUUCCAGGUUUAAACCUAAAUUUUGCACAGUGAUAAGGGGAGGGGGGACAUGGAACAUAUAAUAGAUAAGUGUGUUAUUUUAACUAAUUUCUGCUAUAGAAAUGAUAUACAGAAGAGAGUAUGGGAAUUCCGAACUCUCACAAGUGUCACAUCAGCAAAUGUCCAUCACCAGCUGUUCUGCAUUCUUAUGACAUGUGUGGUGCUUAUACCAGCAGUCCUAGCGUUGUUUAGUCAAAGCAUGAAAACGCCAACGCAGUUCCAGCAACAUACUGACAAAAGCUUCUUUGUGAGCAUGAAAUCCUUGCCAGUGAUUGUACUCAUUAUUUUAGAAUAUAUAUAUAUAUAUAUAUAUAUGUA